CUGAAAUUGAAUCCUGCACGUUUUUUGUGGAACAAGAUGGCGAGUCGGGAAUAUGGCCUCGACGGGCUCGGGACGCUGCCGCUCCUCGAGCAAGUCCACCGGCUCCAUCACGCCAUCUCCAUGGGGUACCCUUACCGCGAGACGCAGGCGUGGACGACCAUGCCGAUUGCCGACAAACGGCGCCUCUUGCAGUACAUCAAGGAGAGCCGCCACGCCGCCGCUGUCAAGGCGCCGCCGCCGCUCACGCCCAAGGACGCGUCUGGCAUCGCGGAAGACGACGAUUACGACGAUGAGAAACCGGCGCCGUCCGCGCCACCCACUGCCAUCGACGACGGACUCGCGCCCAUGGCGUCGCCGAGCAGCAGCGACGCGCCGCCCGACCCGACGAACGACAUCUACUUGAACAUGAUUGAGACGCGCACGGCAACAGGCCGCCGGCGAUGGACGAUCCAAGAGGCCCCGGCGCCGGUCUGUCCAUGCGGUGAGACGCAUGCGGCCAAGACAUCGUGCGUGGUGCUCAAUGAAGUCAAGCUCAUGAUGACGACGUUUGGCGACAGCGAUUAUCCAUGCGACGCGACGGCCACGUACAUCCAAGCCAAAGUCAAAGCCAGCUUUCGCGCUGCGCUGGGUCCGCUCGAGCAAGUCGAGCUCAUGGGGCUCAUUGAGCGCUUCCCGAACGAAGCCAUGUACUAUGGUCGAUGGAAGGACUUUCGCUCGACGGCCAAGAACCCGGGCGAUGACGCCAGCAGCAACGCAGCGGACGACACGAUCACGGACGAGAUGGUCGACGAGAUGGACCUCAUUGCGUCGUACGAAGACAAGGAGGCGCCGACGCUGGAAGUGUACUUUACGGAGCGCAUCAAGUUUGCCGACGUGCGCACCAAGACGAUGGAGUCGACGUCAUACCUCGAGUUCUCCAAGAAACGCACAACCAAUUUCAUGUCGCAGUCGGCGCCGUUCCUGACGUGGCUCGACGUGCCCAAGUGCUCGCGGGCGACGCUCGAGUUCCUCAAUUUUAUCAUCUACAACCGCAUUGGGCUCUUUGUGGAAGACGCGAUCCGGGCCAAACACAAUGGUCAGCUCGUCCGACUCGAGGCGCCGCUCCUGGUCGCCGACAUCCAGGCGGCGUCGAUCACCACGCAGGCCAGCAGCGCCGCUUUGCCGUUCGCUGUUGCACCGCCGGCCAAGCGCAAGGCGGAGCCGACGCACUUGGUCUCGCCGCCGGCCGCGCGGCUCAAGCGCUUACGGUAGCCCUUGCAAUGCGAAUCAAAUAGACGUUUUCGAGCUCGGGCGUCGCGCUGGCGAGCAGUGUCGCCUCGAGACGCCAGCGCGCCAAGUACGGCUGCAGCGUGUGGAGCACACUAGUUGGUAUACGCUGAGCGGACGUUGGACAUGCGCCGUUGUACCUUCGGAGCUG